CGAAGAAGAAGCGCGUCACUUCCGGGUUUCGCAUCUGACGUGUCUAAAUCACUUCUCCUCCGGUGGUGACGGAUUUAACAUCGAUUUCACUGAUAUUUUGAUACGUGGUGUCAAAGAUGCUCGACUUCUUCACCAUCUUCAGCAAAGGGGGGAUCGUGUUGUGGUGUUUUCAGGGAGCCGGGGUCACUGCAUCCUUCGCCGGCCCCGUCAACGCUCUGAUCCGCUCCGUAAUCCUCCAGGAGCGCAGUGGGAACAAUUCAUACUCCCACGAGGCCCUCAAUCUGAAGUACAAGCUCGACAAUGAGUUUGAGUUGAUUUUUGUGGUGGGAUUUCAAAAGAUCCUAACGCUGACGUACGUGGACAAGUUCAUAGAUGACGUUCAGCUCCAUUUUAGGGAUCGUUAUAAGAAUGAGCUGGAGCAAAAGGGGGCUCUAAAGCUAAUCAACAACAGCUUUGAAUUUGGAGACGACUUCAAGAUGCUUCUCAGAGAGGCGGAGGAGAGCAGCAAAGCUCGGGGCCCUUCCGGCAUGAAGAACUUUCACCAGUCCGAGAAAUCUAAAAAAACUGUGAAGUCAAUGAUUGAGACCAAGGGGGGGGAAAAAGUCAAGGAACCGGGUGGCAAGAAGAACAAAAAAAACAAGAAGGAGGCUCCUGCAGCUGAGCCUGUUAAAGUGGAUCAAGGCAAGGUCUCACCCUCGGUGCACAAGGUGGUUGAGAACGGUAACCAGGGCUUGACCCGCGAGGAGGUCAUACAGAAGAACCGAGAGGAGUUCGUUCGCAAGCGCACGAUGGUGCCCGCUGAGAAAGUCACUAAGUCCCCCAAACCUCAGAAGCCUAAGGAGAAGCAAAUGCGUGUUUGGGAAAUGGGCGGUAGCAGCGGCAAAAACCUGGACUACAGCGGAAGCAACGGAGAUGAUUCCCUAAAUGGUAGCAAACAAAACCAGGACGCACAAAUCGACCUGGGGAUACAGCUAAACUCCAUGAAGGGUGACCUGCAGUCUGUGGACUAUGAGUCCGAUGAGGAAGAGGAGAUGGAAGAGGAAGAGGAAGAGGAGAGAGUGGUUGUCAAUGAAACAAGCAAGCCGAGCUCCAAAAAGGGUGGCGGUUUUGGGGGCAUGUUUGGGAUGCUGAAGGGCCUGGUGGGCUCCAAGAGCCUGAGCCGGGAGGACAUGGAGUCGGUACUGGAUAAGAUGAAGGACCACCUCAUCGCGAAGAAUGUAGCAGCCGACAUCGCCUACCAGCUCUGUGACUCUGUAGCCAAAAAACUGGAGGGCAAAGUCAUGGGCACAUUCACCACUGUGGCCUCAACGGUUAAGCAGGCCCUGCAGGAGUCUCUGGUGCAGAUCCUGCAGCCCAAGCGUAGGGUGGAUAUUCUGAGAGAUGUCAUGGAGGCUCAGAGCCAGCGACGGCCUUUCGUCAUAACCUUUUGCGGCGUCAACGGGGUUGGAAAGUCCACCAACCUGGCUAAGAUCUCUUUCUGGCUGAUAGAGAACGGUUUCACUGUGCUGAUCGCAGCCUGUGACACGUUCCGUGCCGGCGCCGUGGAGCAGCUCCGCACCCAUCAGCGUCGCCUGAACUCCCUGCAUCCCCCAGAGCGCCACGGAGGACGCACCAUGGUCCAGCUCUAUGAGAAGGGCUACGGGAAGGAUGCCGCUGGAAUUGCCAUGGAGGCCAUUGCCUUUGCCCGCAACCAGGCCUUCGACGUGGUGCUGGUGGACACUGCUGGGCGUAUGCAGGACAACACCCCCCUUAUGACAGCCCUGGCCAAACUUAUCGCGGUCAACAUGCCCGACCUCGUACUGUUUGUUGGAGAGGCUCUGGUGGGCAAUGAGGCAGUUGACCAGCUGGUAAAGUUCAACCAGGCUCUGGCAGACCACUCCAUGUCUGACAAGCCUCGCCUCAUCGAUGGAAUUGUUCUCACUAAGUUUGACACCAUCGACGACAAGGUUGGUGCUGCCAUCUCCAUGACUUACAUCACAGGACAGCCCAUCGUGUUUGUGGGCACCGGGCAGACCUACAAUGACCUGCGCAGCCUCAAUGCCCGCGCUGUGGUCAGUGCCCUGAUGAAGGCCUAAGUGACUGCAUGUUCUGCUGUUUCAUUCAUCGUCGCAACAAAGCCAACAAUACCUUUUUUGCAACGCCGCUGCGAGACGCUCCAGCCCUGCUAACCUGCCUUUUUCUUCAUCCUCCUGUCCCGACCUCUCUACUUUGCAUCGAAUGAAGAACUCAUGUCACGCACAGGACUUUAUUCUCCCAGUAAAGGACAAGUGUGCACUUUGAAAGACAGAACAUUUUUGCAACAAAAACAAAAGCCAGAGGGGGGGGGGGGCCUCCUAUUGAAUCAUUUCUAAACUUUCAGCCCUGCAUUGAAAAGUACCUCAGAACAGUCACAUCGACAUGACAUUUUUAGCUGACUAAAUGGACCUAGGUUGUAAAGGUCAUCAGUCUACUGGUGUACACAGUAAAGACUUUUAAACAAAACUCCCUACCUGGCAUUUUGUCAGUCAGUUUUCCCCUCUUCAUGUAAAUGAGGUCAGGUCGUGAGGGCCUCUGCUGGAUGUGACAUUUCAGCAGCUGCCUGUGCCUGAGGAAAGCUUAGUGACCAUAGUGCCUAUUUGUCUCCUGUCUUCUUAGUUAACACUUUCACUACAUGGGUAGUUAUUCAUCAAGAGUUCCAUGGCAGUCCAGAUAAAAAAAAAAAAAACUACACAGGUGUCUAAAUCUGUCCACAACAUAAAGAGGGCAUGAAGUUAGAUGUUGUACUCUCCUGUCAAAAAAUGAAAAGGAUCACUACUAACAAUGGUGGUAUACUAGUUUUACAUUGAUUGAUUGAUUGAUCUAUGAACGUAAUCUCCCAGAAUUCCUUGCCUACCUAACACAGAUAAUACAUUUUCAUCAAAUGGAGACUUUGAUUCCUCAGUUUAUAGAUGAUGGAAAGUGAAAAAAAUAUUUUGUAAAUAUUUUUUUUUUUUUUUUAGCUCUUACAAGUUGUCCAUAUUUUCAGACUACACUUUCUGUGAAGUUCCAUGGGCAUUUUUAUUUAUGCUUUCCCCUCUGAUUUACUCUUCAUCUGUGAGAGAAAUUCUAAGUCUUACAUGUCUCUAGCCCCCUUUUAAUUUGUGGUAGUGCAAUAUGAAAGAAUCAAGAGUUAUAUAGGCGAUUGGAGUUAAUUUAUGAGAAUGUAAACAUUUCUAAAUAAAGCUGCUAUAUGCUGUGACAGCCUGUAAAGUGGAA